ACAUGUUGUUGUAUCAUACUAGAAAAUUUCAAGUUGAGAUGAAAAUGUAGCACGUAACGAGACGGUGCUGAUGGCAUGAGGAACACACAAAGCAGCUCUACCUGCAGAGCGGUGAAAAUCUCCACCAAAGCAGCUCUCUUCUUUUCAGCCUGUCAGCAAAGCAGCAGGGUUGGGCAUAGCUUCUACAUUCUAGCAAAGAUUUUCAUGUCAGUGUAGUAACUGAAUAAAAGGUUACCAGGGCCCCAAGGACACGGACUGUGUUCUCCAGAAGCUGAUUACAACAAGGAUGAAUUUGUGAAAUUCGGUUAUGGGAGCCGUGUCGGACUACAGUUCCCGGCGUGCAAUGCGGCCGGACUACAGCUCCCGGCAUGCGCCGCGGCCGGACCACAGCGCCCAGCGUGUCCCGCGCUUGCAAGAUGGCGGCGCCCAGUGGCCGCUCGGGCCCACACAGCGACACCGGCUCGGACUCGGACAGCGGCGGGGAAGCGGCCGCGCGGUUCCGGGAGGCUGCUUGGGACUGCACCGCGCUGGCGGCGGCCCGGGCGGAGCCGCGCAGCGGGGGCUUUAGAAAGGAUCGGUUGCAGCCUAAAGAUCAGCCAAGCCUGAGGCGUGAGGCAAUCGGCCACCAGGAGGGUGACAAUGAGCUCCAGACCACUCCAGAGUUCAGAGCACAUGUUGCAAAGAAACUGGGAACCAUGCUAGACAGUUUCAUCACUGUCUUGAAGGACUCAUCAGGACCAUCACAGACUUCACUGGCACAGUCUGACUCUGAAGAUGAUGGUUUUCGCCUCUUCUCUUCCUCUGUCCCUGGCGACUGUGGGGAGCCGGAGCCUUGCCCUGCAGCGAGGAGGAGGAGGCCAGUUAGCUCCAGUGACACAGACAGUGACCAAGAGUGGCAAAGGUGCCAGGAGGCUGCCGUGUCAGCUGCAGAUAUUCUGAAGCAAAGUGCUUUCCCUGCAUUGUCCCAGGGCUCCAGCCAGGAUCAGAGUCAGGGCUAUGUAGAGCCCAGCCAGAAAAAAAAGAAGAAGAAGAAAAUUAGGAGAGAGAAUAAUAAUCAAGAGAAAAUAAUAGACCCAGCAGAGUGUGACCGGAUCUGCAAAGAUUUGCCUCGGCUGGUGUCUGCAAAUGGCCAGCAGGAGAGACAGAACAGCAAUCACAGAGAGAACUCUGUGCUGCCAGGAGCUGUGAAGAAGAAAAAGAAGAAGAAGAAGAAAAAAGAAUGAUGAUUUUGCUCUGCAAACAGCAGGUGCUUGUGAUGGGUGAAGGAAACUGAAAGAAAACCUAACAACAAGAGUUGCUGCAGAUGAAGGAAAAUUAAUUGGCAAAGUGUCUGUUCUAAAAGCUCAGUGGCCUGAGAGACUAAUUAAGGGACUUCCUGUGCUCCUGGCGUCCUGAGGCAGGGAACAUUGUUCUCCUCACACAGCAGUUGGCUGUGCUGCUGCUUAUGCAGGCCCAAUCUAAAAGGAUUAAAUGCUGUGCCAGACUUGCAUGGCAGAGGGAUGUGAUCAUAGCUGCAUUCCUCCUGGUCUGUUCCUUCACGUCUGAAACCCUUCUGCAGAAAUUGUAUGAUGAAUUGAAUUUGGUUUACAUGGCAACAGACAAAAAGCUGUAAGGAAUCUUUAGUAAGAAUAAGCCCUAGAGGUUAAACAGUGGGACAAACCACCUUGAUAUCAGUUUUGGAGCACAGACACAGAAGAUUUUCAGGACCUCGUGAAAGACUUAUUUUCUUCAGCAAGAGACCAGAAAGCCAGCAAAGUGGGAGAAGCCUUCAUUUCCCUGAGGUGGGUUCUGAAUUGCUGCUUUGGACCAGACCCUGCUCAAGCAGAGGUUCAGAGCUGUGAAGUGCUCAGGACCAUCCCCAGCCCUUUCCUCUGGAGCUGCUCCACAACUCAGUGCCCAGCCUGGAGGCAGGCUGGGCAGAGGGAAGAUCUGGUCUGUGCCCAGAGCACCACCUCCCCUCCCUGCAGGGCGUUUCCAAAGCUCCAAUGGAUACUGAUGACUUUGUGUGGCUGAAAACGAGUGAGAAUUGAGUCCAUGUAAAAACAUUUAUUUGAAGAAAUGUUCAUGUGAACAUUAAUGUAAAGACAGCUUCAGCUUCUAAAGGUGUUUUUGGGGUCAUAGCCUUAAUAAAGAGUUGUGCUGGUUUUGCACCCAUCACAAGAGUAUUUAAAGAAUGGUGAGCAUUUUUGGCAUUGUACUGUCAGUGUGUUGAUACAAUUUCCAUGCAUUUUAUUUGUUAUUACAGUUUUCCUUUAUUCCCUCCCCUCAGGUAGACAUGACAACAUUAGUGGCUGAUAACAGUAAUUUUCAAUUGUAAUUACAGUAUCCAACCAUAACAUGCAGUUUCUGCAUGAUAUGUCCUUAUAAUUCCAGAAUUUUGCAAACAGACACAGCAGAUUGUGGAGCUCUUGCAAGAUGUGACAGAGGAGAUGCCGUCAUUCUGUGUUUCUUAUUUCUGCCUCUCUUUGGCAUGGUGAUCUCUUUUACAUAAACCAAGGUGGAAAAUAUUUCCACUGUUCUUAUUAAAAAGAUUGUCCAUAUUCUGUUGGUAUAUAAACCUGAAUGUUUGAGGGGGGAUGGGGGAGUUUAAACAAAGAACAGCAAUAUUUGUCAGUGGAAGCGUAAAGAGAAGAAAGCAUAGCAACAAGUUAUGUCUAUAUUAUGUGGUUUCAAGGAUUCCUUAUGCACCCAGAAGUCCUGAUGCUGCUGCUGCUGCUUGCCUUGAGGACCUUCAGCUGUAGAAGCUUUUUUUUUGAUACCAGUGAACUUUGAAGUCUAUAAAACCAGAAAUGCACAUCUGUUUGUAUGAUAGGACCUCCCUGAAUGCUACAACUGGAUGCCAUGUGGAGAAUGCUUAGCUGAACAAGGAAAUAUUUCAAAUGCUGAGGAGGAGGGUUGGAUUUCAGCUCUUUGUGCAAACCCCAAGGAUCUCAGUGGGGAAGGACUUGCUUGAAUACAUGUUUUCAUGUUUCCAAUAUAUACCCAUUUAGGUUCUAA